AUGUCAACAAUCCUUUCUCUCCUUCUUCUUCUUCUAACAAUAUUUUGCCACACGGCAUCCGAUCAAUCCCGUCGAAAAUACGAUCAAAAUACCGCUAGGAAAUUAUACGAAACAAUUUUGAAUGCCAAUGAUACUUCUGAACUUCGUCAGAUUAUGCGAGAACCUUUCACCACCGUAGAUUGUCACGGUGCAAAUGAAACUCACGAGGGAGAAGACUACGAUAACCUUUUGACAGGUUUGAUUGAUGAACAUUUUGAAAAGGGUCUGAGCCGUAAAUUUACACUUGUUUACUCCAAAUUGAUCGAUCAGGGAAUCGAAUUUAUGGUCUGGAGAUCGCUGAAAAACGACGAGGAUAGUAUACUCAUAGGGUUCAAAUUCAUAGCUUUGGAGAAAAGUGAUGGGCUGAAAAUUGAGAAUAGCACUAUGACGUGUAAUGUAUUUGAAGUUGAAUAUUAA